UGGACAGCGACAUCAACAGCUGGUUAUUCAUGGAUUUUCAUUCACGUGAGAGAGAGAGAGUUGUUGGAGUUUCUCCUCAGUGUGUUUAAACUUUCAUUUACUCCUUUCAAGAUGCCGUUGACUCGGUAGAGAAUAUGCAUCUCAGGGUCUGAGUGCUGUGGUCAGUGGAAUUGCAGUGUGGACUCCAACAUACUGUUGACUGUCCUGAAACAAGAUGGCUGUUCUGGGCUGCUUUUAAACCUCUACAGGAUCAGUGUCCUGAAACCUGGACAGCUGCUGCUCAGUAUGUGACCUAGAAAGGCUUUCGAAAUAACAGCCAACUUUUCCGGGACAUCGACAUGUCUUCUAUCGUCAGAAAGCUUACAUGUUUGUUACAGCGGGACAAAAUACCAUGCUAUUGUUUGGAUAGCGCACAACAACACACUUAUCAAUGCAACUUGUUUUGAUACAUUCCCUUCAGACAUAUUGGCUACACAUGUCAAUUAGCCUCAUGAAGGUAAGCUGUCGUUAGGCACCAAUGAGACCAGCGGUGUUCACUUGAUUGACAGAGUCUUGGUCCAAGGACCACCUAUCAUUUUGAAAGCGGUCUAGCUAGAUAGCCAAUGAGCUGGGCUUUCCAGCGGAAUGUGAACGUCUUUUGUACUGCAAACAACCAUCAUGCUGCUGUGGGCAACAGUGUUCAUUCUCUGGUGAAAGCAAACAGGACUCACGGUAGUUAAUCAUACUCAGUGGUUUGUUCUCUUCUGCAAACUUUUCUCAAAACUAAAAAAAGAAAACAUGGCUACUACUAGUGGAAAAGCUACAUCGAAGUCCAAGUUUACAAAUAAUUUGGAUGAGAACAUUGUGGAAAUUGACUGGGAGAGUGACACAGAACUAAUGGAUGAGGACUCCAUGAGUGAGUCCAGUUUUGAUUCCAGUGAAGAAGAAAUGUUUUUGGAAGGAGAGGAUCCCCUUUUGGAUCAAGGUAGAGACUCUGAUGACCUCUGGGAGCCAUCUCCAAAGAUACCACAUUCAAGUCCAUCCCACACUCCUUCAAACGUAGGAACUGGUUCCUCCAGUCUGACCCCUGCUGCUGUCGCUGGCUCCACACCCACCCGGCCAUCUAGAGGUGUUAUGAGUCCAGACCAGAAGCGGAGGAGGGCCGGUGUACCAGCGGCAACUACAACCGAGGGAGAGGACCGUUGGCGCACUGUGCUAGAGGAUGAUGUGGAGCCACGUCGACCAAUAUUUCGACCUAAAAGGCAGCCAGGACCUCAGCUGGACAUGACUGGAAAGUACAGCCCCCUUAAUCUUUUCCAGAUGUUUUUCUCCUUGUCAGUUCUUGAUUCGCUUGUGUCUAACACCAACAAGUAUGGGGCUAAGAAGCAAGCAGGCAAGAAAGAGGCCUGGAAGCCCAUUUCCAUCCAAGACAUGUACUGUUACAUCUCACUGGUCAUUUAUAUGGGGCUUGUGAAGUUGAAAACCCUGAAGGACUACUGGAGAAGCUCAAGACUCUACCAACUGCCUUUCCCCACAACUAUCAUGUCUUGUAAGAGGUUUCUGACUGUCUCGCGAGCGCUUCAUAUCAGUGACCCACAAGCUGAUGACAACAAUGACAGGAAGAAGGGCACAGCAGGCUUUGAUAGGCUCUUCAAAAUCAAACCUCUCUACUCCAGCAUUGUUGAGGCCUGCAAGACCCAUUUUCAGCCUUCCCAGAACCUGUCCAUAGAUGAGAGGAUGGUAGCCUCAAAGGCCAGAAUUGGCAUCAAACAAUAUAUGCCUAACAAGCCAACAAGAUGGGGUUACAAACUGUUUGUUUUGGCAGAUUCUGCGUGUGCCUACACUUGGAAUUUCUUUGUUUAUGAGGGGAAGUCCAUCUCGGCCACCGGUAUGGGACUUGGUUAUGAUUCCGUUAUGAAAUUAUUGGAGUUUCCACUGCUUGGGAAGGGCUACAAACUGUUCGUGGAUAACUUUUACACAAGCCCGACUCUGUUUACAGACCUGAGGAAGCUGAAUGUAUGGUCUUGUGGCACCAUUCGUCCCAACGGAGAGGGUUUUCCCAAAACAAAGGUGAACGACAUGCCUAAGAGGGCUGAACGGGGGACCAUACGAUGGAUUCGGAAAGAUGACCUGCUCUUUGUAAAGUGGAUGGAUGCCAGAGAGGUGGUCAUGUGCUCCAGUAUCCACAAAUCGUACAGCGGCGAUCACAUCCGCAGGCGUGUGAAGGACACUAAUGGGACAUGGACCAAGAAAGAUGUCCCCGUUCCAGCUGCUGUGAAGGAUUACAACAAGAGCAUGGGAGGUGUGGACCUGUCAGACGCGCUGAUAGGCUACUAUAAUGUUCUCCACAAGACAAUGAAAUGGUACAAGACAUUGUUCUAUCACUUCAUCGACAUUGCUGUGGUGAAUGCAUUCAUCCUCCAGAAGGAAAUGGCCAAGAGCUGUGGAAAGACCCCCAUGACACAGCUAGCCUUCAGAGAGCUGCUCAUCCAGGAGCUUGCUGACUAUGGCACAAAGACCACUGCAGCACCUUCUGUCCCCUCUACCUCUGUCCCCUCUUCUCCUGCCUCCAGUGAUGUUCACCUGCCAAAAUACAUCAGUGCAGACCUGAAUGUGCCUCAGGGCCAAAAGGGCACAGUAGGGAGGCGUCGUUGUACUAUGUGCCACAGGAAAUCUCCCAUCACCUGCACUACUUGCGCUGUUACCCUCUGCUUUACAACAGAGAGAAACUGCUAUGGGCCUUGGCAUCAGCAGCUCAAUCAGGUGUAGAGGACUGUGGGUGUUCUAAAUACUCUCGUUGUAAAUAGUUGUUUUGUUUUCUCCCUUUGUGGUGUGAACACUUCUGACAUUAGAUCAGUGUUGGCUGCUAACUUGGCCGUUUUAUCUUAAAUCGUUCACUUCUGUGUUUUGGGAGGCAUUGGAUCAGCGUUCUCCUUGCGUCUCCUGUUUAGUAACUUUUAUGUAGGGAUGCUAAUGAUCCAUUACGUUUGACAUUCCUGGGAGUGUGUUAACUUUAUUAUUGAAGUAUUUUAAUAUGUUCUCUAUAGGUAUGUACUUUAAAAUGGACCAAUUUGGCCACUUGGGUACAUUUGGUAAAACUCGUGAGGGACAUCUGGGAAACUUCAUACCAAAUAUUAUGUAGUUCUCUCCGUCCCUCUGCUGAACAUGAUGAAUAUUCUCUUUGGAAUGUCGUUCGUCUGAACUCCUGUUGAGAAAAGGAAUAGCUGACUUCAGCAGAGGGCUACGUAACCUGUCAUAAAGGCUACAUAUGUUGUCUAACCCCCUUGUGCCAUCAUAUCUGGUCCCCACCAAGACCUUAUCUUGAAGCUUUUGUCUUAGGUUUCCUCUGUAUUGUGGCUGAACAGGAAGCCGUGAUUCCAACUAGAAUGGUCCUGAUGGUGGUACCAGACUGGUCACUAGAAGAUGCCUGUUACUGAACUACCUCAAGGUUUCUGCCCCCCUGGUUGAGGUCCUGGUGUCUGCAGGGUUUGGAAAGGUGUGACUUUAGACGGAAUCUUAAGGCUCCUUCCACAUGAAGCAUUCUGGAAUGUUGUAAAUGAUGAAUUUGUGUCUCAAAGUCAGGUGGCAAUCCUGUCCUUUGCUCUGGGCUGGAUCAAGGUCUGGCCUCCCAUCGGUUCUCCUGUGGGUUGGGCAGACACUGACAAGCCUACUCUUAUGGUUGGGGCAGGGGUAAGGUGGGCUGCCUGCCUGGAGGGAGGGUGUCUGGGUGGGGGCUUGACCAUGGACCGAUGGCUACAAUGACUGAACCUGGGUUCUGAUCUGGUUUCAGAAUGUUCUGGAUGUAGUCUAGUAAUCUUUACCACUAUGGGGUAGUGGGUGGGUGUUUACCACUAUGGGGUAGUGGGUGGGUGUUUACCACUAUGG